CCUUGCACAUUUUUGCCUCAUCUCUUCCUCCUCAUCCAAACCAGAGAAAUGGAGAAAUACGAGACCCUAGAAAUCCUCCGGAACUCCCCAAAUUCGGGAGUUUUUCACCUAAUUCUGAACCGUCCCUCACGCCGUAACGCGCUGUCGCUUGAAUUCUUCACCGAAUUCCCCAAAGCUCUGCACUCCCUCGACCAGAACCCUGACACCGCCGUCAUAGUUUUAUCCGGCUCUGGGGGUCACUUUUGCUCUGGGAUUGACCUCAAAGCUCUAUCUACCAUCUCAGAUGACAAUACGAGCGACCGUGGCCGUGCCGGGGAGCGUCUCCGCCGGAAGAUAUUGUGGAUGCAAGACGCGAUAACGGCCAUCGAGCGGUGCCGGAAGCCUGUGAUCGCGGCGAUUAGUGGAGCGUGCAUUGGAGGGGGUGUUGAUAUCGUGACGGCCUGUGACAUAAGGUUCUGUACUAAAGAUGCCUUCUUCUCGGUGAAGGAGGUCGAUCUAGCGAUCACCGCAGAUCUCGGAACGCUCCAGAGAUUGCCCGGAAUUGUCGGAUUUGGAAACGCUAUGGAGCUGGCGUUGACAGGUCGUCCAUUCUCGGGUUCGGAGGCGAAGGAGCUGGGUCUGGUUUCCCGGGUUUUUGGAACCAAAGAGGAACUGAAUGAGGCUGCUAGCGUUAUUGCCGAGGGAAUUGCUGGUAAGUCUCCUCUUGCUGUCACUGGGACCAAAGCUGUCUUGCUAAAAGGCCGGGACAUGACCCUGGAUCAAGGACUAGAUUAUGUUUCAACUUGGAACUCUUCAAUGCUUCUCUCCAAUGAUCUAAAUGAAGCAGUCUCUGCACAAAUCCAGAAAAGAAAACCUGUUUUUGCAAAGCUCUAAUGGAAGUAAAGUUUGGAGAUUCGGAGAACAUGUACGAAUCACCUUGAAGAAAAGAAUUGAAAUAGAGAUGGUGUUGGGAACACAGUAGUAUCAGUUCAUUUGAACUCAGUUUCUUGUUCAGAAUCUUUCUUCUUGAAAGCUGUUCAACCAAGAAAUCUGUUUACAUAAAUGUCCUUUUCUGAAGGAUUGUUGUAUUCUCUGGAGGGAUUUUGAAUGUCCUGUAUUUCUCAAACAAAAGUAGUAGUUUUGCAAAAUAAGUUCAUGCAAAAUUGUAGUGCAGCCACCAUCUUGUGGAUAAAGAAAAUCGCCAUUGCUCUUGUACUUGCUAAUUUCAUCUCUAUUCUCCCUGGAGUGUCUUAAUGAAUAAGAAUUAAAUUA